AGAGUGUAGAUGAAAAAACUUGCUUAGUUGUGCCAUAUUGCCAGAGUUUGAAAUCCCAACAUGAGAUGGAGAUUAAAGACACAAUAUGUGGUGCUCUGGACCUAUACGACAGUGAUGACGCAUAUAAGGUUAAAUCAAAAAUUGAAGAGGUAAAGAAUAAUGGAGAGGAUGUUGAGAAAAGUGAUGAAACCACUGUGACAAAAAGUUACAGGUAUUCUGAUCCUGGUCAAACUGGUACCACAAUUGCAAAAAAAGUUUUAGGUCAACUAUUUUCUGCUCUGCUGAUACUGCAGUGGUUUCCUUAUGCUAGAGGGAAUCCCUUUGAAUAUGGCAAACAAGGACAGCAGAAGUGUAUUAGUUCACCUACUUUGGUCUACAAUUCAUCAAAUGCAUCUUUUACUGACCUUACAAGUUGCAACCAUAUGCUGCAUCAACUUCAGUGUCAUUCUGUUAAAGCUUGUAUCCCAAAUAACGGAGGAAAACUGAAGACUGUCUGCACUGACAACCUCUGUUUGACUGAUCAUGCUUGCCCAGAGUUAACUGUUACAUCUGACCAGAGAAUGAUAGUUCAGAGCAAAGACGAUAAAUGCAUGGAUUGCAGGAAAUAUGACGAUUUGAAGAGUAGAUUGCAAGAAUUGAAAAACAUUGGAAAAGAAUGUCUGCCCCUAGCUACCAAAAGUAUUGGUACUUAUAGGCCAAUGUUUAAUCCAGUGCUCAUGGCUGUAUGUUUGGUCAUCUGCAUGUACAUUUGCCGCAUGGCAUUCAUUGAGAAUGUGGAAAGACCACAAAUGACUCAAAACAGGAUCAAAAGAGAUUGAGAAGGGCAGACUACCAUUUUUCGUGGUUUAAUCUACAGGUGCCAUCUAGAAAAUAUUUUAUCGUAACAUGCUGAAGUUGGACCAAAUAGGAAGUUUUUAUUGCUUUUGUGACGCUUUUUUGUCCCGUGCAUGAUUAAUUCUCACUACCUGUAUAUUAUUUUUAAAAAUUUGUCAAUUCAUAUACAUGUACUUUUAAUUUCAUUAAUGACGCAGCUGUUGUUGAAAUUACAUAACAUAGAUAAAACUGAUAAGUUUUAAGUAUGUAUUAAUGGCUUUAUAAUAUGCGGUAAAUUUUGAAUUCCAACACAUCUUAGAUACGCAAUUGCUAGCUUAUGAUUGCAAUUCAGAUGUUCAGUCUUUCAGCAAAUUUGUGAAGGUUGUCCCAAAAUUUUGUUGACAUAACACAAGAAAAAAAUUGAAACAGAAUGUUUUCUGUUUCCUCUCAAUUUCUUCUAAAGCUACUACAUUGUAAUUGACACAAUUUUUUAAUGCUUAUAUAUUUUAUUGUAAAUAUGCUAAAACAUUGUAUCAUGUAUUUUGUUUAUAUUUUUAGUUUUUUUUUUCAUCUUCAUUGUCAUUCAAUGUACAUUUUUGAUCCACGUACUGUAAUAAAAAUCUAAAAACCUGCUAAUCUUUAUUUUUGCAAAAUCAGACUGGGCAAUAUAUCAACCUCCAACGAUAAAACGCCUCUUAAUGAU